CCCGGCCCGGCCCGGCCCACUCGGGGCCAGCGGCGCUGGGGGUGCCGCGGAACGGGGCGGCCGCGGAACACCCGCCGUGCGCCCGCCCGGAGCUCUGAGGCUGCUGCACCGCGGCGCCGGAAGAAGGCUCCCUCGCCAUGGUGCGUGUGCCGGGCAGGGGAUGGGGUCUGGAACAGGGACGGGAAUAGGAAUAGGGCCAAAGUUACGGAAACCUCAAGGAGGGAAGCAAGAGAAAAAAGUUAUCCAUCCCUACAGCAGAAAAGCUGCACAGCUUGCAAGGGAAGUACACAAACAGGAAAAGAAAGAAAAGUUGAAGACUGACAAAGCUUUGCGUUUAAGUAUUAUUGGAGAAAAACUGCAAUGGUUUCAAAGUCACCUUGAUCCCAGUAAAAUCGAGUACACAAAGAAGGAAGCUGGUGAACUAAUUGAAAAUUAUAUGUGUCGAUUUGAUGCAGAAUUGGAGCAGAUUGAAUUACAAAACAGUAUUAAAGGCAGACAAGGAAGACAGCAUGGUUCACGGGAAACUGUCAUCAAGCAGACAAUAGAACGUGAAAGACAACUCUAUGAGGGCUAUGGAAUAGAAAUCCCAGACAUUAUGAACAGAAAGCAUCUUAAAUUUUUCAGAGAAUGGGAUGGUGAUCUGAGGAAACUGCCAAACAUCAAAAUGAAAAAGCUCUCUGCUAGGGAUGCUGCCUGCAGUCACCCUGAGGUGACAGAUGCAGAAGCAAAAGAAGACUUGAAUGAAGAAGAAGAAGAGGUGGGCCCUGAUGAGCACCAGCUGAUUCAGGAGCUGAAAUAGUGAAGGGAAUUGUAAGAAAUUUAUUUUAAUUUUCACUGGAAACAAAAAUAAAAUUUAACUAUAUUUCUAAA